AUGGUUCUGGCGUACCGAGCCGUGACCUCCGGCCAAGCCGCUGCGCCAGGUGCGGGUGAGCUGCGUGUCGGGCCUGAUUUUGCGGGUGCCGCCAUUGCUGGUACUGCUGGCACUGCUGCUGGCACUGCCGCCGCUGCUGCUGCUGGUGCUGGUGCUGUGGCUCCAGAAGGAGCGGCAGGAGGGGGUGUGGUGGAGCAGUGGCAGUGGCAGAGGCAGGCAAUUGGUGUUGCAGGGAUAAGGGAUGGGCAGAUUAAUGGAUUCCAGGAAGGGGGGGGUGGUGUAGGGCAGAUGAAUGUGUUCCAGGCAGGGGGGGGCGGUGUAGUGGCAGGAGCAGGAGCAGCUGCUGGUGGUGUUGCUGAUGCUGGUGCUGCUGGUGCUGCUGGUGCUGCUGCUGCUGCCGCUGCUGCUGCUGCUGCUGCUGGUGCUGCUGGUGGCGCUGGUGAUGGUCUUGCCGCUGCUGUUGCUACUGCAGCUGCUGCAACAGCGCCAGCAAUAGCAGUGUUGGAUGUGGUAUUGGGGCAGCUGGGGUUUCAGAUCAAGGUGGAAUGCGGGCAAGGGGAGGCGAGGCAGACAAAGCCGAGUGUGGGCGAGUGGCACGACCUCAAGUGGAAGUGA